AGGGAGUGGGGGUGAGAGUGCACCCCCCCAGGGGUCCCUGCACACAGGUGUGUGGUGGGGGGCUGUUCUCCCUUAUGGGAGGGUGCCCAUGAGUGCAUGAGUUGAGGUGUGGGAGUAGAAUUCAGACCUGGGUGCAGGGUGUGGCCUUAUGGGGCUCAUUCCGUCACCCUAUCUCAGAUAUGCCAGGACACCCUCCUGGUUCUGGGUGGGUGCUGGGAGCUGUAGUGGUUUCUGUUGGAGAGGCCACCAUCAGCUCAGGCUCUGGAAGCCUAGAAUUGAGCUGUGGCUUAGUGUCCAGCCUGCCCCCAGAAUGUCUGGAGACGGAUUGAGGGAGGCAGGCUGGGCCUUCCGGGGGGUGGAGGUUGGGGGAGCCUAUGUGGGUACUGGUCCAGUUGGGCAGUUCCAUGCCUCUCCUCACAGAGUGGACCCAGAGGGACCUGGAACGCAUGGAGAACAUCCGAUCCUGCCGCCAGUACCUAGUGUUCCACGAUGGGGACUCGGUGGUGUUUGCAGGGCCUGCGGGCAACAGUGUGGAGACCCGGGGGGAACUGCUGAGCAGAGAGUCUCCUUCAGGGGCCAUGAAGGCCGUGCUGCGCAAGGCCGGAAGCGCAGGCCUGGGGGAGGAGAAGCAGUUCCUGGAGGUCUGGGAGAAGAACCGGAAGCUCAAGAGCUUCAACCUGUCAGCGCUGGAGAAACAUGGGCCUGUGUACGAGGAUGACUGCUUUGGUUGCCUGUCCUGGUCGCACUCGGAGACACACUUGUUGUAUGUGGCAGAGAAGAAGCGCCCCAAGACUGAGUCCUUCUUUCAGACCAAAGCCUUGGACAUCAGUGGCAGUGAUGAUGAGAUGGCUCAGCCGAAGAAGCCAGACCAGGCCAUCAAGGGGGAUCAGUUUGUGUUUUAUGAAGACUGGGGAGAAAACAUGGUUUCCAAAAGCACUCCGGUGCUCUGCGUGCUGGAUGUGGAGAGUGGCAACAUCUCCGUGCUUGAGGGAGUCCCUGAGAGUGUGUCCCCCGGACAGGCAUUCUGGGCCCCUGGGGACACAGGCGUGGUGUUCGUAGGCUGGCAGCACGAGCCCUUCCGGCUGGGUGUCCGCUUCUGCACCAAUCGCAGGUCAGCCCUGUACUAUGUGGAUCUCAUAGGGGGGAAGUGUGAGCUCUUGUCGGAUGACUCCCUGGCUAUCUCUUCUCCCCGGCUGAGUCCAGACCAGUGCCGCAUCGUGUACCUGCAGUACCCGUCUCUGGUCCCCCAUCAUCAGUGUAGCCAACUGUGCCUGUAUGACUGGUACACCAAGGUCACCUCAGUGGUGGUAGACAUCGUGCCUCGGCAGCUGGGAGAGAACUUCUCUGGGAUCUACUGUAGCCAUCUGCCUCUGGCAUGCUGGUCAGCUGACAGCCAGAGAGUGGUUUUCGACUCUGCUCAUCGCAGCCGGCAGGACCUAUUUGCUGUGGACACCCAGAUAGGCACCGUGACCUCCCUGACGGCUGGGGGGUUAGGUGGAAGCUGGAAGCUGCUCACAAUGGACCGGGACCUCAUGGUGGCACAGUUCUCCACGCCCAGCCUACCCCCAAGCCUGAAAGUUGGGUUCCUGCCUCCCACAGGGAAGGAACAGUCGGUGGUAUGGGUGUCCCUGGAGGAGGCCGAGGCCAUUCCCAACAUCUCCUGGGGCAUCCGGGUGCUACAGCCACCCCCAGAGCAAGAGAAUGUGCAGUAUGCUGGCCUUGACUUUGAAGCAAUCCUUCUGCAGCCCAGUGACCUUCCAGAUAAGACCCAGGUGCCCAUGGUGGUCAUGCCCCACGGGGGACCCCAUUCGUCCUUUGUCACUGCCUGGAUGCUGUUCCCAGCCAUGCUGUGCAAGAUGGGCUUUGCAGUGCUACUAGUGAACUAUCGUGGCUCCACGGGCUUUGGCCAGGACAGCAUCCUCUCCCUCCCUGGCAAUGUGGGCCACCAAGAUGUGAAGGACGUCCAGUUUGCAGUAGAGCAGGUGCUCCAAGAGGAACACUUUGACAAAGGCCGCGUUGCCCUUAUGGGUGGUUCCCACGGUGGCUUCCUCUCCUGCCACCUGAUUGGUCAGUACCCAGAGAUGUACAGUGCCUGCGUGGCUCGGAACCCUGUGAUCAACAUUGCCUCCAUGAUGGGAUCCACUGACAUCCCUGACUGGUGCAUGGUGGAGGCUGGCUUCCCCUACAGCAGUGAUUGCCUGCCAGACGUCAGCAUGUGGGCUGAGAUGCUAGACAAAUCGCCCAUCAAGUACACCCCUCAGGUGAAGACACCGCUGUUACUGAUGCUGGGCCAGAAGGACCAGCGUGUGCCCUUCAAGCAGGGCAUUGAGUAUUACCGUGCCCUCAAGACCCGGAAUGUGCCUGUUCGGCUCCUGCUGUAUCCCAAAAGCACCCACGCACUGUCAGAGGUGGAGGUGGAGUCAGACAGCUUCAUGAACGCUGUGCUCUGGCUGCGCAUGCACUUGAGCAGCUGAAGCCCUGCCUCUGCAGGAUCUGGGUGGCAGAUGCCACAGCUGGCUCUUGGAGAGCCCCAGUGUCUGGCAGAGCAGCGAGAGGCUUCUUGGGCUCUGGACUCUAUGGUUGGGUGAACCAAGAAAUGUGGGCUAUAUGGUUAUAAUAAAUGAGGACGGUCUGGUUCCUGCUGGUA